AUGGGAGUCACGCUUGAUCAUUUGUUUGCACAUUUGCAGGGUCGGCUUCGGCGCUGGGAGUUGGAUCUGAAAGUAGGGGGCCAACAUGGGUCCAGCGGUCUGGACUCGCAGCUCGAGUCAGCUCCCGAAGAUCUUGGACUAUCUAUUGAAUUUCAGCUGAGAGCUUUGAAGCUUCAUCUCAGCCGCGUCGAGUCGCUGAUGAGUUCAUGCCACCAACUCCUUUUGACGUCGGAAAUGAUCAGCUCCCCCUCUGAAGAUGAACUACUGGACAAGAACGUUCUGAGCCUCUUGGACAAGCUCAAUUUCAAGCUUGAUCAAAUCAGUUUCACACUCGACAGGCUGCAGAAAUUCGCUGCCAAUCUUCUAUACCACACAGAGACGGGCCUUGGAUUGAAGAUUAUAGACUAUCGGCGACGACACGAUGAUUCCGCAUUCAAUCAAUCGGUUCGAGAUUAUGUAAAUACUCGUUAUCCCUCUAUCAGGCCAUCUCAAUACAGGUCCUCAGAGCUGAAGCAAUGUUUGGAGCCUACAGAGACGAGCUGCGAGCCUGAUCAGAAAACGGCAAAGGACCAGCUCGCGCAUUUACACGAGACUUUGGUCAACAUGAUUCUUUUCCGACAUUACCGAAAACUCUACGAGAGAGAAAACAUGGAAGAGCCGCUGAUGCCCCUCCCCGAAAAAAAGCCUUCCAGAGGAUCACAGGCCAUGGUCACGGUAGCCAGACGCGCCAGUGCCCUCGUCGAUACCGCACGGCAAAAAGGCAGCCAAAUCGCUGCUUUUGCCACAUCAUUAAACGAAAACGCCUCGGACGGGCGUCAGAUAGCCGUCCGCAAUUGGGAUCUUAGGGAGUCUAUUCUCAAUCGCAAUCUACAGCAGAAACAGGCCAAUGUCAACAGGCCUUGUACCAGCGAGGAGAACUUGACAUGUCCUGUCUGCGAUCAAGUGUAUUACUCCGACACCCUUCAAGGUGAGAACUGGAAACGCCACUUCAUCAUCAUCGAGGACAGCACGCCCAACGCGCGCGACGACCGCUGCGGCGAAGCAUAUUCAGCAUCUCUCUGCAACGGCAGCGACUGGAAGGAGCGCCUGCGCCAGCGCCACGGCACGGAAUGGCUUCCUCUCCGAGUGCCGCUGUUUUGGACCUGCUCGCUGUGCCGUCGCGUCCCGCGCAUGGAAAAGGCGUCGAGGGCGCUGAUGAUGGACGCCUUGAUCAGCCACAUGCUAGACGCGCGCGAAAAGAUUGGCGGGCAAGCCAUGCAAUCGAGCAUCGGCUGGACCACCGUCUUUUUGAUGCCGCCGAGCGAAACCUGUCCAAUCUGCGAGACGUGUCAUUUAUUAGACGGCACGACGACGACGACGCCAACGAAAGGUGGUGGUGGUGGUGGUGCCGUAGCCGCCGACGACGACGACGACGCUCAGGCCAAAAAGGCCCUCCAAGAAGCCAGAGAUGUUGCCUGGAAAAAGACGGAAGACUGCAUCGGCAAGCAUGUACUGGAGAUGGCGGUUCACUUUGCCCGAUAUCGUCGCGCUGCUUCAGACCAGGCGGUGGCGGUGGCGGCGGUGGUUCCCGGCACUACUAAUAAUAUGGAGAGGGCUGAAAAGAUGACGCUGCUAGCUCGAAAGGGCUUCAGAAAGGCUGCCAAGCGCUUGUCUACAGUUACCCAGGGCAUAAGAUCGUGA